UGGAUGUUACUGAGCAGCUCAGCCGGUUCCUGUGGGACCAUGGGGACAUAGCCUUUGCACCCCUGGGAAAGCUGAUGCUGGACAAUUUUAAACUGGAAGGAGCACCAGUAAGUAGCUCCAGCUGGGUGAGGGCGGGACUCCCCACUUCACACCAGGGUGAGCCCUAGGAUGUAUGAGCUUGACAAGGCUUUUUCACGCAGAGCCAAUCUAAGAAGAAGACAGUGGUCAGUGUGAAGAAGCUACUCCAGGACCUCGGUGGACACCAGCCCUGGGGGCAAGUGGCUAGUGAGGGAGGAUGGGGUGCAUAGGCUGAGCUGGUGGUGGAUAUGGAAGGAGCCAGGACAGGCUUCUCACUCCAGGUAGUCAUGAGCCCCACAGGCCUCCCUUAACAAAGCUGACAGUUCCCCUAGCCUAAGGGGGAAAGGGAAGUGAUGCCCACAGGCUGCAGGUAUGGCUGUAUCCAGGUGUUCAGAUUGUGUUGAAUGGGCUUUCUUUGUUUUCCUACCCACGUGCCCCAGCCCAACUAAUUUCCUUGAGACUGUUUGCAUGUGGCAGCUUAUGACCCCAAGCUAGAGCCCACGUCCUUCCUGGGAUGCCAAGAAAAGAACCCAGGAAGGGUGUGCUAGGCUUGACUUAGGUGUCACACUGUCCCUGAGUCAGUCUCUCUGGCCAGGAACAGGGGAGUGCUCUGUCCAUCCCUGGAGCACAGAAGGUAUAAUGAUUUCCCAAAGGAGGCAUUCUAAGGAAGGUAAACAUGUCUACUGUUUCUGACCUGUCUUCACCAUCACUGCCCCAGCCUGACCUUUUCAUGGUCCUCUUGUCCCCAGAUGUCCCUGGGCUUACCUGAGCCACCGACAGCGCCGCUUUUCCAUCCUUGGGAGUCCGGUCCUGGGCAGAUCGGUGACCACCCUUCUGGGAGAUACGCUGCAAGAGGAGCUGGCACUGCGCUGGGAGAGGCUGCUCCUAGAUGAUGCUUUCACUGGGGCAAGAUCCAGGUUUCCAAGAGGUCACUUUGAGCCCAGCAGGAGACCCCCAGGUCCAUGGGACACCUGGCCACAUCCAGCUCCGGGGACCUGUCCGGCAGGUGGUUACCCGUACUGUGCAAGGAGAAUCCUUGCUGGCAGUUCGCUCUGACUACCACUGUGCCCUCUGGAAGGUCAGUAAGCAGGGGCAGCCAUCCCCUCUACAGGUGCUGAAGGUGGAGAAGGGGGCUACAGGAAUCAGCCUUAGCCCUCACCUGCCUGGGGAGCUGGCUGUCUGCAGCAGUUCAGGAGCUGUCUGUCUAUGGACCCCUCAGGACGGGCUGCGGCAAGUCUACAAGGACCCUGAGACCCUUGUGUUCCGGGACCCUUCUCCCUGGCGAUGGGCCGACUUCACCUGCCACCCUCGAGUGCUCACUGUGGGUGACCGCACUGGAGUGAAAAUCAUCGACACUCAGGGCCCACCUGGCUGUGGUCUUCUGCUUUUCCGCGAUGGAGCAGAGGCAUCAUGCCAGAAAGGGGAGCGUGUCUUGCUAACCCAGUACCUGGGGGAAUCCAACCCAGAAUCCUUGCAUCCCACACUCCACCUCAUCUGUACCCAAUUUUCUGUCUACCUGAUGGAUGAGCGUCUCCCCUUGGUACCUAUGCUGAAGUGGAACCACGAUCUCCCCUCCGCUCCUCUGUUGGCUCAGUUCCUGCCUGCACCCCAGCCUGGCUUUCCAAGACCACUGCUCCUGGGGGGCCAGGGAGGGCAGUUGCAGCUGCUGCACAUCACAGGAGACAGUACCUCUGUCCUCCGACUGGCAGGGCCGCCUCAGUCUCUCCCUUCCAGAAGUGACUCCCUCUCAGCUUUUCCCCUGCUGGAUCCCAAGAGUCACCGGCGACUUCAGGAGCGUUUGGAAGCGCCAACCAUAGGUCUGAGCGUUGCCAUUCCACCCUCCACCUCCACACCAGCCCUGUCAGUUUUCCAGCUCUCAGCAGCUGGAGAUAUCUUCCAGCAGUGCCUUCGCCUCCAGGCAGACCCCAGGCCUGUGGAUGAACCCAAACCUGACUCCUGUGUCCCAACAACUUCCUGGAGUCCCCAUGUCACUGCCCACUGCAGCCGUUGGUUGAACACUCUGCUAGAGGUGGUUGACACUCCUCCAGUGUGGACUGCACCCACCUUCUCCCAUCGCCACCUGUUAGACUACAAGCCUCAGCAGGGAGUUGAGGAGACAGUGACCCAGAGUCUUCGGACAGCUAUGGCUAGAGGGCAGCUCUUGAGGCAGAAGGACCUGGGUUUACUGUCCACCACAGAGCUACCCCCCACCCCUGAGUCCGGCCCUGAGGAUGAGCUCAGUGAGCGUUUGGAGGCAGCCUGGGCAGGCCGGCUGGCUGCCUGGUGGCAAAAGCAGCAGGGCCAGGACUCACAGCCACGCAGACAGCCUAAGCGGAACAAGCGACGCACUCAGCUGUCUUGCACCUUCUCCUCACUUAGUGGCCACUUGGACUUCUCAGAUGCCACCAGUCCCCCCCACAGCCCUGACCACACACCCCUCAAGACCAGACCUCAACUCCCUUUGACUCCAACCUCCCAAGAGGUGUCCCAGGAGCUAUGUAUCCGAGGAGUCCCCACUGAGCGACAGCAGACCCUCCGGGACUACAUGGCCAAGCUGCCCCUCCAAGAGGACACCCCAGGAGAUAGCUCCAUGCCCCCGUCCCAGACCUCUAGCCUCUGGUCCAGCCCCUCCAGGAAGCAGACCCUCCGGAACUACACAGCCAAGCUGCCACUCCAAAGGGACACCCCAGGAGGUACUCCCAUGCUCCCCUCCCAGACCUGUAGCAUCCGCUCCACCCGCUCCAGGCAGCAGACACCUAUCCUCUCUGGCUCUCAGCCACACCACAAGAAGGCCCGCAUGGGCUUCUGAGGGGCACGAGCAGCUGUGCCUUAGCUGGCUUAGGAGAGAAAAUGGCCUUUUGGAGGCACACCUUUCUCCUCCAAAGGCCAUUGCAACUGGCAGCUCAUCUGGAUCCAAGCUGAGGCAUGGAGACAAGAUAGUAGACUCUCUUGUUGACAUUUUUUUAUCUGAAGAUACCUCCUAAAGCCACACUGACAAAGCCCAAGUGGUUCUGUUCUGAAGAUAGUGUCACUGGAUUUCCUCCCAGGACACUUGUGCGUAGAAGCAGGGACUGUUUUAUACCACAAUCUUGUCAGUCACUAUUAAAUCGCUAAUAUAAUAAUAAAAAAAAAAGAGCGACUGUGUCAAACCAUGGGUCUCGGAUCCCCCCAAGUUGUUGGGAACAGUGAUGAGACCCUUCAGAUCGGCUGGUCUGUUUGUGUUUAAGAGACUGCUGGCCGCUAUGUUUAUUAAACAGUUUCUACCAUG